AUGUGCGAACUCGAGUGUUUCGGAAACUACCACCGCGGAUGCGAGCACUACGUCAAGCUCUACGAGAGCGGGAAGAAGACGGACUGCGGCUCCCCGGCGUGCGCGCUCAGCGCCGCGCACAAACAUCGCCCCGGCCAGCGAUCCUGCGCCGGCACGUGCAUCACCGUCCCGCGCGAGGGCCGGCGGGUGCUGAGCCUCAUCCACGAACGCUGCGACAGCUGCACGCGCGCGGCGUGGGCGACGCUCGAGCGCGAGUCUGGGCGCGUGUACUAG